GGGAGAUGCAGAGCCUGAGGCCCGAGCACUUCCGGGGGCUGCUGGAGCUGGAGAGGACCCAGACACUUCUGCCUCGGGAGAGCAGGGCCUGGGGGCAACGCGGAGCCUUCGGCAAAGACUGGGUGGCCGUGGAGGUGGGCGCCAGCGACAGUGAGGACAGAGAGCUCACAUCUCGGGCCGAGGUGGGUCUCUCCCAGGAGUGGGGCCCUGUGGAGGAGGAGGAGGACUACGAAGACGAAGAGGACGAGGAGGCAGAGGACCCCCAGGCGCUGGUGGAGUGGCCGCGGUCGCCACAGCACAUGCCCCUGGUGCUCGCUGUGUGUGUGCUCUUCCUCUUCCUGGUCCUGACCGGGAUGCCCAUGAUGCUGGUCUUCUAGGACAUGUCCUCUCCCCGGAGAUGGGCUGGAGCGGUUCAGGGCCCUACACACACCACUUAGGUGAUUCAAAAAAUUGGAAUCUUCUGACGUGAUGUGUGGCAUCACUGUGUUUCUCUGAACUUGAGGCCUGUGGUAUUUCAUGUACCUCUGCAGGGGGAUGUUGGAGAGUGACUUAGCAAAGAGAUGUCACCAACAGGCAGUUCCAUCCUGGCUUCAGGAAGGGGCUGGAACAUUUCUGCCUGCCAUCUGUUGUCUUUAUGCCAAGGCAUGUCUGGUUCUCAAGUGGUGGUGGAUGGACCUGGGUUUUCAUGGGUGGAACAACACACUUUCUUGCUGUUGUUAGACAGAGCUCUUGCGUUUCUGCCUUGCAAGGGAAGAUGGGCCCCAUCUUUGCCCAGUUUUGACUCUG